AUGACAUCGGCUUCACCGACAACCAAGUUACUAUUGAAUGGUGAAUAUUGUCCACCACAGAAAUACCAUACGUUCACUUCUGCUUCCACAUCGACUUCUCCUUCCGCUACCAGCUCCACUUCACCAACGGGUCAUAAUCGAGAGAACGGUCAUGGAUAUUUCGACUCGAAUCAUAGUACUAAUAACAAUAACCAUGGUCAUCAUCAACCUCAUGAAUCUGGAACUGGUGGUGGAUCAAGUGUAUCAAGACCUUUAUCAAUGAGGAAAUUUGGAAGAGGAUUAACUAUGGAAGAGGUUCAUGCGGGUGGAAUUAUUUCCGAAGAAGAAAGAUCGUUACAGUUCAAACAGAGAUGUAUACCUAUCUCCGAUGAUGAAAUCAAACGAUUACCAAAAAAAGUCAGAGGAUAUUAUGAACAUCUAGCGGUACUUCAUCAACAUUACCUAGAAGUAGAUUCAAUAUUAUCAGGAUCAUUACCGCAUGAUAUAGCAGUGUCAUUUUCACCUCAAAGAAGCUAUUUGCAAAGAUUAGGUGAUUUACAAGAAGAACUUUCUUCUCCUUCGGCUGGCGGUGCUGGAGCUGGAGCUGGAGCUGAAGCAGGAGCAGGAGCAGGAGCAGGAGCAGGAGCAGGAGCAGGUAGAAGGAAAAGUAAUAUAUGGAAAAUAAGGAAAUCUACACUUCUUCAAAAUGAAGAAGACCAAGAAGCAGGUGGACCAGCACAAAGUGAAAGUUCGGGCUUGUUAGAUGGCAAAGGAGAUAGUAAAGAAGAAAAACGAGACAAUCUAGCUAGAUUAGCUUUGAACGUCAAUACAGUCGUGAAUGUACUCCUGGUAGCUGCUAAAGCUAUAGCUGUACUGUACUCUUCAUCAAUAUCGUUGACUGCUUCUUUGGUAGAUUCAGCAUUGGACCUAUUGAGUACAUUGAUCAUUUUAAGUACCAGUUGGGCGAUAGGUGUUAAGAGUGAUAGACAUAGAUAUCCAGCUGGAAAAAGGAGAUUCGAGCCUUUGGGUGUGCUCAUCUUUUCCGUCGCGAUGAUCGCUUCUUUCGUCCAAGUGUUUAUCGAAUCAUUCCAAAGAGCCAUUGGUCCACCAGAGAGCAGGCCUGUUUCGCUGAGCUGGCUGGGUAUAGGGGUGAUGUUGGCUACCAUUGGAAUCAAGUUCUUCCUGUGGAUCUGGUGUGCUCGUAUACCGUCGUCUGGAGUACAAGCCCUAGCUCAAGAUGCAGAAAAUGAUGUGUUCUUCAACAUCAUGUCUCUAGCUUUCCCCUGGAUAGGGACAUUUUUACGUUGGAGAUUAUUGGAUCCAAUUGGUGGAAUGGUAUUAUCUACUUAUAUUAUAUAUGAAUGGGUGAAGACUCUACUUCAGAAUUUCGCGAACCUAUCCGGCAAAUCAGCCUCCAGAGAUCAAAUCACGAGAGUCCUGUAUCUGGUCACUAGAUUUAAUCCGGUAUUAGAAAUUGCUGAUGUAGAAUGCUAUCAUAUUGGUGAUGAUUUGAUCGUUGAAAUAGACGUCAUUUUACCUAGGUCAAGUUCAUUACACUUCGCUCAUGAUGUAGGAGAGACGAUUCAGUGUGUGCUUGAGAGCUUGGACGGAGUGAUAAGAGCUUAUGUGCAUUGCGAUUACUCUUCCCAAAAUCCUUUACAACAUACGUCUCGUCCAGCACCAUUUGCGACGAAUCAAUUACGAGCAUCAUCCGGUUCAUCUUCUGAUUCAGGAACGCCAACUCCUCGACCGACUAAUCAUAUCUUGAGCAUAGUGAGAGAAAGAGGUGGGAAAGAUGUACCGCCGGUAGAAUCUCCUAAUGAGAUUUGA